CGAUUAUCUGGUAAUACUCUCGGCGACACAACAAUCGAGCGACAUGUUUUCGAUAACGUUAAGACGACUGGCUCAGCCUGCUAAAGAUGGAGUCUUCAGCAAAUUGCCUCCAAUCGCCGCGAGCAACAUUUACAAAGCCAAAACUGUCUGGCCGCCGGACUUCAAACAGUUGACUCACCAACAACAAUUACGCUUCGAGAAAAAGUACAAACGCCGAAUGUUCUUAGCAAACCGAUCGCCGAGAUGGGACAAGGCUGUUAAAUAUGCCCAACUAGCCACAAUGACCGCCGCCAUGAUUUAUUUAUUAUUCUUCUCUGAAUUUGAGUGGUGGGGUCAGAAGUAUAAGCCUUCAGAAGAAAUUAGAAAGAAAACCGAGAAUCUAUUCGGUAUUCUGGACAAAGAUAAGCGAUAUGAACAAUCAGAUGACAUGAUUCAGGGCAUGCAUCCGUCUCAGUCAGAAGCAGAGAAGUCGAAACCGAACUAAUGUCUAUGAUGCCAUGAUAGUUGGUAGUGUAUAAUAAUGUAAAUUCCAUAUAGCCUCUUUAACCAUUGGCCAAAUAAUCACAAUCAAACGCCCCAGUCCCAAUAGUGCGCCAGAAAAAUGAACUUCUCAUAAGGCAUUACUCAGCCUACCUGCCUGCCCAGCCAAAGUUGCUCGUCAUGCCUAAGCCAGCACCGAGGCCUGUGGCGCGACCUUCGUUCACAGGACGCUUCGCUACAGUGCCUUGAGCUCUGACACCUGCUACUAUCCUGUCUAAACUCGUUUCGAUAACCACGCCUCCUACUAUCAUUUCAGAGAGAGUCGCGUGCAGCGUUUCAAAGUUGAAGAUAAGAUCCAGCUCGCAGACAUUCUCGAACAAUUUGUCCAAAGCUUCGACGUAAACUUGGAUAAGAUCUAUAAGUGCUAGAGGUGACUCGGUCGAUGUUGAUAUGACGAUAAAGUAAAGUGUCGCAUAGUUGCGGUACGUCACCAGCGACGGCACAUCGUUCUGUUCUUCUGAUGCGUUUUUCGCAGUGCUCGACGCUGCAAGUAGUGGUGGCAGAGGUAGGAAAUUGCAAGAUCCAGACGGCC